GUCUGCGUUGUACCCUCAUAGCUACAGGCAGCCUUUCUAGCCGCUCUCUGAGGUGUGUGUUGGAGUGUGUUGCGUUUGUGCCGAACAGGUGUUUGUUGUUAGUCGUUUGUGACAAGGCGCCGUUUUCUGUAGAGUAUGAAGGUGCCACCGCUGAACUUGACUCCAGAUAUAAACCGGGUGGGAAUGGCGUUGCCGUUCAGUCCCGACCUGCUCUGGCGGUACCCACUGUCUCUGCCGCAGUCUGCGUCGCCAUCUUCCCCGAUGCUUGACGUGAAGAACCAGAUGCCCACACACCUCGCAGCCGACCCUCGUAUGUGGUCGCGCGAGGACGUGGCCGCUUUCCUGAGGUGGUUCGAGAGAGAAUUCGAACUGCCCACCAUCGACCUGUCCAAAUUCUGCAUGAAUGGAAAAGCACUCUGUAUGCUGAACAAGUCCGACCUGGCCGACCGCGCUCCAGGGGCGGGCGACAUCCUGCACAACACACUGCAGUUCCUCCUGCGGGAUGCCCCCCAGGUGCCGCAGUCCCCCAUCACCCCUCACCACCCCCUCCUGUCGCCGUCCCCCCUCACCCCCAACCCGGUCCAGCCGUGGUCCAUCAUGAACCCCGACAUCCACAACUUCAGCCACUUCCUCCACCAGGGGGGCUCCGUCACGCUCAGCCCCGCGCCCUCCGAGCAGAGCGGGGGCUCGCCGCGCCACCCCGACACCGCCUCCUCCACCUCGUCCACCUCCACCGCGGCCUACCACCACUCCUCGGCCGCCUCCACAGGCUCAGCACAUUCCGGGAGUCAGUCGGACUCCGAGGACUCCACGCGGGACUCCUCCUCCCCCCAGCGGUCCCCCCUCCCCCCCACCAGCGCCGCCGGCAUGUCGGUGUUCCCCGCCCACGCCCUCGCCUCCCUCAAGCACCUGAGUGAUUACCAGCGGGCCGCCGCCGCCGCCGCAGCCGCAGCCGCCCAGAGCGUCUCUUCCCACCAGGAGUCUCUCCAGCAACAUUCUCAGCACCAGCAGCACUCGCAGCACCAGCCCCAGUCGCACCCGCAGCCGCAGCAGCCGCAGGGAGGCCAGACCAACGAGGAGCCCGUGGAGACCGGCACGAACGGGCGGCUGCUGUGGGACUUCCUGCAGCAGCUGCUGAACGACUCUCAGCAGCGGUACUCGCGCUACAUCGCGUGGAAGAACCGCGAGACGGGCGUGUUCAAGAUCGUGGACCCGCCCGGCCUGGCCCGCCUCUGGGGCAUCCAGAAGAACCACCUGAGCAUGAACUACGACAAGAUGUCCCGCGCCCUCAGGUACUACUACCGCGUCAACAUCCUGCGGAAGGUGCAAGGCGAGCGCCACUGCUACCAGUUCCUGCGCAAUCCCUCCGAGCUGAAGAGCAUCAAGAACAUCAGCAUGCUGCGCACCACGCCCCUGCAGUCGCCGCGCACCAAGGACGCCCCCACGCCCGUCCAGCCCGCGCCCAUGGAGGAGGAGGAGGGCCCCACCGACCUGUCCAUGUCGUCCCUGCACCACCAGUACCACGCGCCCCCGCCCGCGCCCAUGGAGACCACACAGGUGCAGGACCUGAGUCGGGAGGCGCACAACCUCUCCGUCAGCAUCAAGAGCGAAGAGUACCUGGAACAGAGUUACGAGUAACCGCCCUCCCGACCCUCCUGGUCAACCCGACCCGCCCGACCCGACCUAACCUGCAGCUCCCAUGACGGGUCCACACUGCCAUGAGGCGCCAGGGUCAGGUCUGCCAGCCUCAGUCCGUGCCCUCCGGCCGUUGCUGUGACGGCGACGUUCGCGCCGGUGGCGCCGGAGUGCUGUGGCUGUGAGGGCGGUGCUGGUGCGCCGCCCAGGGCAUUGUUGGAGCAUGGCCUUCCCAUGGUGCCGCCCUGGCCCAUGGGACCUCCAGGGGUGGCCGCCCCACCCAGGGGACGGGUCGCUGGCCGCCGGCUCCGUGCCUUGCUCAGGUGGGCAGCGUGGCGAGGGCCCCAGAGGCGCUCCGUCUGCCCGCCGUCUACACUGUGGCUUGCUGUGAUAACAGAUGUACACUCCCUCUUUAACUCCCAAACUCCAGGCUAGAACUCAGUCUAACUGCCAUUCAACUCCCAUAUGUACAAAGGCAUCUAAACUAAGAUUUUGUCCAGUAGUGUUUGUACCAGUGGCGCUCCGGCACCAUGGUGAGUGCUGGUGUGUGAUAGCGGCGUAAGGACAGCCGGGCCCGGAAGCUUCUUGCUGUACAGUUCCUGGCACGUAUGGCGUCGUGGUGUACUCGCGUAGUGUUCACUUCUCUUAUAGCUGUUGUGAUAAAACACCAUUCCGAACUCUGUGUAGGCUUGCUCAUUCAAGCAGCAGCGUGUGUGUAUGGGUAUCUGAGCCUGAACUUUCACCCUUAUUCUCCCUGGGAAUACGAGCGAAGGUCUCAGGUCGUAAUUGGGAAGUAGAGUUGCCAGAUAUCACUAGAAGCUCCUCGGGUCUGGUCAGAUAGACGCCACGGAUAUGUGUAGAUUUCAUGUGUAAUGUGUUUUUGUCUUUCAAAUCAAUUGAUCACUUAUGAUUUUUACGUGUUUUCAGAACCCAAGAUUACAAAUUGUACACCUCACAUGUUCUUUACUACACCAUGUGCAUAUAGAUAUAUAUUAUAAUUCUGUAUAAAGUUGUAUUUAUAAAAUAAACUUGUUUUGUACAUACAAAGUGUCUUUAAGGAACCUGCAUAUUUUGUUCACAUAGAAAGUAUAAAUAAGAAUGUCAUUGAUUAAGAAUUAAAGACUUAACAAAAUGAAA